AUGCUCUGUUCCUCAGGCCCAGGACAGAACGCGGACAAAAAUACAGGCUUUCACAGACGUUAUUGCUGGAUUAAAUUCUCGACUCCAGAAGGUGUUCAGAACGUACUUCAGAAGGACUCCCACAUACUUGAAGGUGCCAAGGUUAGUAAAGGAAAAGAAAUGACACUUCGGCAAUCUCAGUGCAUUAGUUUGUGGUAUCAAGAGACUGCGUACACCAUCAUUUAA